CCUAGCUCCGUCACGAAAUCCUCAAGUUUUCUAUCUUCACCUUUGCGACUGCCACAACACGCGCGUGCGAACAGUGCGAUCACCAUGUCGAAUUAUAUCUUUAACCCUCCUCCGCCGCCACCGCCGAAGGCGACUAUGCCACCGGCGCAAUCGGGAGAUCAGUGGGGAAACAGCCCACAGGGAGGAGGAGGUGGUGGACGUGGAGGUAGAGGUGGAGGACGCGGCGGCGGCGGGCAGCAAAAUCGCGGAAACUACGGCGUACAGAAUCGCGGCGGCCGGGGCGGGCGCGGGGGCGGACACCAGAACAAUUUCCAGCGUCCACAGCAGCAGCAGCAAGGUUACCCUUCGAAUUUCCCGCCGCGGCAGCAACCCUUCGCGCAAUCGCAAUAUGCACCAUCCGCUCACGCUCCAGCGCCCGCGCCAGCACCGCAUUUCAAUCCCGCCUUCUUCCCGCAGCUCGCACAGCAGCAGCAGCAGCCCGCGCAUCUCCCGCAGCGCCCUGCAUAUCCCCUCCCUCCCGCCCCGCUCCAGGCGUCGCCUUCAAACCCGUUCUUUCCGCAAUGGACACCCGCCGUCCCCGCACCCGCACCGUCGCACUACCACCAGCCCUCGCACUCGGGCGGGCCCACAUCCUACCACGACCUCAGCGCUCCCAGCGCCCCCUCAUCAUACGCACACUUCUCCACCCCCACUUCCGCAGCAGCAUCUUCACCUCGCCCGCACAAGCCGGAAAAACCCGAUAUGCAGCACGAAGAGUGGGUAGCGCUCAAUGGCGGGAGGCUGUUGGGGACAAAUAUCAAGCCUCCGGAGACAGAGGCGGAGAUUGCGGCGUGGAUUGCGGCGCGCAAGGCACGCUUUCCGAGUGCGAAAAGGAGGGAGGAGAUGAUGAGGGAGGCGGAGGAGAAGGAGAGCCGCAGGUUGGUGGUGAUGGGUGAGGAGGAGGAGAGGCGCAGGAGGGAGAGGAGGGAGAAGGAGGAGAAACGGAAACAGCAGGAGGACGCGGGAGAAGAUGUGCCUGUGGAUGUGGAUGGUGAUGGUGACUCCUCCGGCAAUGACGACGGCCCGCCAGAGGAAAUAUCAGCGCAUUCGCGCACCGUUUUCCGCAACGACCGAAAGAAGGGACCAGCGCCUGCAAAACCAGCACCAAUCUGCAAAACUUGGCGGAAGUUGGGCUCGUGUCCGCGUGGUGACGAGUGCAGAUUCCGACAUCCCGAGAAACAGGAGCAGGAUAAGAAGAAAGCAAAGAGGGAACGCCAACACAAGGACGGGCACGCCCGCCCGAGCUUGUAUCAGCGGCUCGUGGAGAAGGAAAUGGACCGCGAGAAUGAGCUGCUGCUGGAGGUUGUCAAGUACUUGGUCGAGGUGGGGGCUAUAAAACAGGAUAGUCGAGGGGGUGGGGAUGCAACGAAAGAUGAGGCGACCCCAGCGGUGGCAGCUGAGGGGUCACUAAUCGAAGAAGUUGGAGAUGCGGAAGACGAGAAAGUCCACGACGUAGACGACAAUGCAGAAGCAUUACCUUCUGAAAAUGAGGCAGAAGUUGGAAAAUAAUAAUAUUCAAUCACUCACA